AUGCGAUUGGGACCUGUCGAUCUCGAGGUCGAUCAGGAUUAUCUUGAGAAUGUGACUUCUAAGGAUAUUGGACUUUACGAAGUCAAGAACGUUGCUGUAAUCAGAACGAGUUUGGGAACUUUUUUUUUUAAUUAUCCAAAGAAAUCUUCCAGAAGAUGAUCUAGAUCUGGAAAACUUUCACAAAGAAAAGCUUCUAUGUGUUAGCAACGAACAGUUCAUAACGCUGGCCAGUGGCCCAGACCUCGCCAUCUUCUCUUCCUCUCAGGAAAUCGAGUACAGAUCGUCUCUUUGCAUGAAUGGUGAGUGGCUGAAUUAAAUUAUGUUUAUUCAAACUUUUUCAGGUUGCAUAAGCUCUAUUGCCCUGGUUGGAAACUCUGCUUUCCUCGUAGUUUGUUACUCCGGUUCAAGCAUCGACGUAAUUUCCUUGACCAACGAGGAAAUUGUUUUCAGAAAGGUUUUUUUUAUUUAGCAGUUUUAGAGGAUCUUCACUCUCUUCAGGAUCUUCCGAUUUUGGCAAAAUGUAUUUCUUCGAGAGUCGUCGCCGACGGUUGCUUUGUUCUAAUCGGAGACGACCGCGGCAACUUCGUCGAGUGGAAAUUCCCAACAGAAGUCGCUCUGAGCGACAACCGUUUCGAGAAGCUCGAAACGCAGUUGUGCACGGCUUUCUUCAAUGAAGUACGAUUAAUAGACGUCAAAAACGAUGUGAAUUGAUUUCAGUGUACUCAAAAUCACAAUGAGCGUCAUUUUUCCACGAACUCUGUUUUGAAAGAAACUUUUUCUUGCGGAAGCGGCCCUGUCAGUGCUAUUUGUGCUUUGCCGAGCAAUUCACCCGGUCUCAUCUUCAGCGACGUUUUGAACUCGGAGUUCUUUCUGUUCAGCGGUAAUCAAAAAAGGCUUCACCGCAUUUGGUGGUUCUUUCAUUAGAAGACAUCCAGUGGAAAUGUGUGCGUAACUCGGGACGCUUCAUUUUCGGCCUUUCCGAGGACGGAUUUCUCCACGUGUUCGACACCGCCGUUCUUUGCUUCAUCAAUCGAUAUGAUCUUAAAGAGAAGAAGGUAGAAACGAAGCGAAAUUUCGAAAAGUCGAGUGUUUUCUUGGUUCAUUUCGAUUUUUAGGACGACAUUGUAAUCAACUUUGCCUUUGUUAAUCAAGGCGAGGCAGAGCGACCGAAUCUGUGUUCGUUUGUGGUUCAGAAUGGGACUUUUGUACAGGUUUUUAGCAGUUUUUUUUCGAAAAAAGAGAUUGGAAAUUUAGACGAAAAUUUACAACAUCGAGACGCACGAGUGCAUUUUUUCGACUGCCUCGUCUUCCGAAGCCCACAUUCUUGCCGCCAAUGACAAUUAUCGUGUAAUGGUGACAGUGGAGCCCCGAGACGCCGAAGUUGCUGCCGAGUAAUGUCCGUAUUCCACCAGAAUUCUGAUUUCUCAUUUUUAAGUUCUGAGAUCGUCGUCCGUCAAGUGUGUGAAUCUCAGCCCGAGGUGAAGCUGGACUCUUUGUUGAAACGCUACAAGUUUGACGAAGCUGAGCAGUUUGCCAAGACGUAUAAACUGGACCUUCAGGUGAUUUCGAGACUUUUCUUUUUCGAUAAAGUUGAUUCAGCGCGUUUACGUCAGUCGGGUCAACUAUUUGGUGAGUGACGCGGAUUUGGAUCAAUUCGAGGAAAGUUACCAAGAUCUGAUGAGAACCUUUGAUCUCGUGGCGGACCAUAACACGGUUUUUCCCGACUUCAUAUAUUUUUUGAGCUCUGGUAGUUCAGAUUGGGGAAACUUGUAUUUCUCUGAUAUCUUUGAGCCAAAAGUUCGAGAGGAUCAUGAGCUAUUUGACGUAUGCAAAGAAGCGUAAAAUAACAGGUAAUGGAUAUUUUGGGAAACUUGAUAAAUUUCUCUCAGAUCUCGACACUCUGAAUCACCUGGACGACGCUGCUUACAUCUUGGCGACGUAUCGUCUUAUCACCGGACCCGAUUUGGGAAUCGAGGGGGUACUGCCUUUUUUUGAAGGAUCUUUUUAGUUGCAUGAUAGAGUCAGAUAGAGCCAAUGAAAAAAAAAAUGACAUUGGAAGAAAAAACUGCGACCAAAACACUCCUUUAGUUAUUUUGAACCAAAUUGAAGUUAAUCAAAGAAUUUUCUAGAGAAGCAAUAUAUUUUGUUUUCGAUUUAUGGAGCUUCGAAGUUUGAAAAACACGCAAAUUGGUAAGAAAAUGCGCUAUUUCAAGCUUUCAGAGCGUCUUGACUCGGAAACGAGAUCUAUCGCGAAAGUUUUUUUUUUUUCUGGAAUAAGGAGGUCCUAAAGUACACUUGAGCAAAGUUUCAUCAAAAGUUCAACCGAGAGAGGUAAAAACGAUCUCUAGUUAGUCUGUCGUGUUGAGAGUAAUCUGCCACAACUUUUUUUUGAAUCGAUUCAAGUGGUCCCUGAAGAGUUUUGAGUAACGACUAGCGAGUUCAGAUCUAUACUUGAGCUCCGUAACAACUGAAUAAACGCAAAUCAAAUGGGUGUCCUUUAGAUUGCCGAUUCGUGGUUCCUUUUCAUCGAAGCCCUUCACGGAGAACAACCUUGGCCCGAACUUUUUUCCUUUCUUCUCCAGAACGCGGCUGUCUCGGUAUCCUUGACUGAUUAUUCUCAAUCAAGUGGAGAUUUCAGGAAGCGAGAGUGAUUUGGCAGCGACACGGGACCGAGUUGAAGAGCGAACUCAUAAGCGAAGAACCCGAUGAACUCGUUCUGGAGCGGAUCGACGCUCUUUUCGAAGUUCUCCAGUCGGCUGUCAAUAGUAAAAGUUGAUGAAUCAAUGCAAAAAGCUUUUUUUGUUCAGUCACUGUCGAGUGCUGGAAAGAUGUGAUCGAGUUCUUCGCGGUGGACCUUCUGCCAGGAUGCCUGAAAAUGUCUGCAGAGGUUCAGAGAAAUAAGAAUAAAUAAAUAAAGUUGAAUUGGGAAAGUUCAACAAAGUUUUCUAGAAAUUUCGAGGAGAUAGGUAUUGCUGAAAGCUCGCGUUUUACAUUUUUCACAAAAUUCCAAACCCUACGCAAAAAUGACCUUCCAUGUUAGUACAAUAUUUGGAAACUAUUAAAAGUAGCUUUAUGUCAUUUUUUUUUUUAUCAAACUUCAUGAAUAGGUGCUGAUAUCAUUCAUUGGCUCACAAAUCAAAAGUGUUCAAGAAAACUUUUGAUUAUUAUUUUUUUUCCAUAUUUUUGGCUUGCUUCUAAGCAAAGAUUUUCGAAGAAAGACGGUGUAAAAAAUCAUCGAAUGUAAUAAUUUAGAAAGUUUUUGAAUUCUUCCAAUACGAGUAGCACUUUAGCUGAUACCCCGCAUCGAAAAGAUGCUGGUCUACCUUAUCGGACUCUUGGAACAUCGGGACGCCAGCAACUUCCCGCAGAACGGCAUUCACGUCGCCGCGACCUUUGAGAGACUGGCUCGCCAGUUCAAAGACGACGCAGUCACUCCAGUUCAACAGGUCUGCUCCAGCUCGCCUUGCCGUGAAUCAACUUCGGUUUCAGUCAGAACUCGCCUUUUUCGGCAGAUAUCUCUGCGUCGAUGACAGCACGGGCCGUUCUCCAUUGUCUCGGAUGAAAGUCAACUUUCCCUUCUUUCUCAUAUUCCGUCAAUUCGUUUCCAGAACAUUUCGAUGAACCUGAAGAACAUCCAGCGCUUGAGGGAGGUCUACAUGUGCACGCUCAGUUAUUCGACCUACACGGUUAAUUUAAUAGAUGAAAAUUUGAUAAUUGGGCUUUUGAGAUGUUGAAAACCGACGAGAUCUGUCACCAAAUCCUGCAACUCGCCCUGGACAACCCUUCGACGAUCCAAGAAAGAAUGGAGAAGUACGUGAAGCCGUACAUGGAAGAGCACUCUCUCAAGCAAGACGAAACCAUUUUCAACUAUAUUGAGGUGAGUUUCAAGAGUUGGAAACUUAAUUUAUUUCGGACAAGUUGAAAGUUUGCGUGCAGAUUUCAAAAAAUCAACUUUUAUCGAAAAAUUUCUUAUAUUCCAUGCUAUUUACAUGUUACUAUGAACAGGAAAAAGAGACCUAGACAGGUCAGACUGUUUCAAAUCGUAAUCAGAAAAGUGAAUUAGUCUACAUUUUCAACUAGUCUCCACAAUUUUAUUAUUAUUAACGCCGAAGUUGUAAAUUUUAGGCCAGUUUUUCUUUUUUUUUUUUGUUUAGUACUGUCUUACCAGUUCAUCAUUGUUUCAUGAUCCUGUUCCCAGUUCAAUACAGUCUUCUCAACCUUGGUUUUUGAGGGCUUGUCCCAAGUCGCCAUGACGGGAACUUCGGCUCCGAUCAAAGGUUGGGAAGAGCCGUGCGUGCAGUUGUGCGCGAGCCUCCGUGACACGGAGUACCGUUGCAAGGCGGUCAUCUGCAUCGCGUCCGCCUCCAAGGUCCCCUGGCCUCGUUCCCUGAACGAAUCCGUCAAGGCGAUCCUCAACAGCCGAUCUUUGCCUCGGGAAACGUGAAGAUCCUCUGUUUUCCCCAUCCAUCCCCUCUUUUAUAGCAUCAAAACCAUGGAAAAGGUGUGCCAUCGGGUCGAAAUCAUCAAGCUCCUUGCCAACUAUUCGUACGACCGCAGCUUCCUCACUUCUCUUUGCAAAGGCUUCGAGAAACUUUCGACGCUGGUUCGGUGCGUUUUGGCGCAACAAAGCCAAGCGACGAGGUCUGCCGACGCGGUCAAGGUUCAUUUCAGAUUUCCAAUCAAUAAAUUGGAAUUUUUAUAAGUAUCCUUCAGUUCCAUAUAGUUUUUCAAUUUUUAAUAGAGGGUCUAUGUUGUAAAUAAUAAUUACUUGAUAAAGUUUGUUGCAAAAAUAAUUUUUUUCUAUUUUUAACCCACAUCGUCUGCUCCACAUCCUUAAAACAUUAUAUGGGUCACUUUAAUUCAUUUUUUCAUAUAUCAGACUUAUGAUAUAAUUUCUCCUUUAGAAUCAAGAUUUAGAAAAUAAAAAUAUUUUUCAGCUUGUUGAGCUGUUCGAACUGGUGGUAGACGCAGAGGACAUGAAGUCUCUUGAAAUUCCUUUCGUGAAGUCGUUGAUCGUGAUUCAGAUGAUCAAGGAUGACGCCCCGGUAGAGUUUCGUCUCCAAAUCGAAAAUAAAAUUUACCAAUGCAGAUCCGAGAAGUGGCGACCGUUAUAGAAGAGACCGGCGCUGAACAGAAGGAGAAGGUUUUCCGGCUCGUCCUCAAUUUCAUCGAAAGCGUUGCUGACUCUGUCAUCGACUUUGAUAAUGCGGUUUUUUCCUGCAGACUGUCAACGUAAUCAUAUCUUUUUCAAGGAAAAUGUCGAAGAGAGAGAAAGGAUCUUGACUUUCGGAGAAGUACUCAUCUCCUAUUUUGCUCGGAAUCGUGUCGAGGACGAGGACUACAAAAGUUCGCGACAACAAUUGCAAACUCUGCGCAGAGUCCAAGUAUCCCCUCCAGGGAGCUUCUCAAUGAUCAAGCUUCUCAGAAGGAGAGCGGACGCUGUGUUUCUCUGUCGGACUUGCGAUCGUCGAGCUGGCAAAGAGACCAUGUCAGACGUCUGGUUACCAAGAACAUUCCCAUGAAAGAAGUCUUCCCGACCUUCAAUAUAUCGAAUACAAUCCAGAGAUUUAGUUCAUUUCCAAGUGUACUGACCUGGGAAUCGAGUACAGCCAAGCACUCACUUUGAUUCUUUCCAAAUACGUCAACGAGAUGAACAUUUUGGGAGUCGUCGACGCGAUUUCGUCUGUCCUUUUCCUCUAUUUGAGCCAUUUCUCUGUGGUUUAGGGACUACGUUUCAUCGGCCAGAAUGUCUUUCGUGACUGUCAAUCCCGAACUGUUUGAAGUUCUGAUCGAUAGUUUGGCUUGGAUCCUCUCCCAAUUGCCCAACGUUUCCGAUGAUGCCAUAGAUGCCGACAAGGCCGACAAUGUUUUUCUUUUUCGAAAAAUAACCCCAAUAAAUGUUGUUAAUUUGAAGAUUUUCUACGUCAUUUCGUCACUUUCCAAUGUCAUGCCUACUGUUGUCGAGAUCUGUGACGUCGAAGCGGUCGGAGUGCAAACGACGCAAUUUCUUCUGCAGGUUUGAGGGAAGAAAAAGAUUAUUCAUAGUUCAUUGAGAACAGCUCCUUGGUUUUUCAAAGGGACUGAAGUCUCGAAAAAAAUGACCCCCUUGCCACGAAAGAUUUUCCGUUUUUUAAACGGGCAAAUUUGAAAAGGGAUAAUCUUGAAGAGCAUUUUUGGAUCCUUUUUCUACCUCACUUAUGAAACGAUUGACUCAUUCAUUUUUGAGCGUUUACCGUUUUAAAAUUUCUUUAUCGGUCUCCUUUAAAAAAGUCACUCCGCAAGUGGAAAACCUGCAGAUGGAAGGCUACCUGAACUUGUUCCGAAACGUCAUCAAACAGUCUUUGCGUGGGAAAACGGACGAAGUUCGCGAAGAAGAUUCUUCUCAGCAAAGAUCCCAAGAAGUCAGCGACCCCGACACGACGGAGGAAUAGUUGGUCAACCAAUCGAACAAUAAAGAAAGAGGAUUUCAUAGCCGAAUCAACGUUUUCGCGCGUCGUCUCGGCGUCUACGAUAUUUGCAACGAGAGCGCUCUUUUCGAAGGAGUCGAGGGAAUUUUGUUGAUGGCCGGACUCGCGCCGUCGGUCGCCAGGACCUUCGAAAGAUCCUUGCGAGUUUUUUUUAGGACUUUCCGAUGAAAAUAUCUUGGUGCAGGUCAGAAGACAAGAGCGAUUUGAUGAGCGAGUACCGCAACAACUGGGAGAGCUUCUUCAUGUUCCUCUCGGUCCAUUCUCAGGAUUUGCUGGAAAUAUCGGCCAGAGUCUUUGCCAGUACCCUGCGUAAGACUUAUUUGUGUGCAUUAUCGUUGGGUUGUAAUCUUUCAUCAGACUCAAAAAUUUUAAUUUAUCUUCAAAAUGAGAUAUCACUAUUUCCAAUCAAAUCUCGGAUCUCAAUCUUAAUGAUAUAGCCAAAAUUUAGACUUCUCAGCAAAAUUCUUCAAAAUUUCUCAUUGGAAUGAGUCCAUUUUUCAGCAAAAUUAUGAAAAAAUAUUCCUUUGUCUUGCUCUUGAGUUAUAAAUUCGUAAGAGCGGAUUAAAAAAAAAGAGAACUCAACUCGAAAAAUGUAAAAUUUUUUGUAAAGAUAGAUACUGAAGCGCUGAAUUACUGAAAAGUAGCUUUCAUUUUUUGUACAUGUUUUUUUUUCAAAUCUUUUUGCCAGUUUGGACUCGCCUACGUAUCCGAUCUGCAAUUUAAUUACAGCCUGCUGGAAUGGAGUCUACCAGGAGACGUGCGUGGAUCUGUCGACGACGGUGCAGAACGUCGUCGAGCGAAUGAUGCAGAUGCAUCCGUUCGACAGCUGGCACGUCGUCUCGCUCCUCUCCGCCUUCCCCUUCAAAUCUCUCCACCAAGUCCGACUUCCUCGUCCCUCCCCUCGAAGAUUCUUCUUUUAGAAGCUUCUCAGCCUUCGCAACUGGGUCUCGCAUCGAAAGUCUCCACAGACCUACCUCAACUACCUGCAAAUCUCCUUCUUCUUCUCCUUGCUCACCGACGUUCGAGACCUGGAUGAGAUGAUGACGGUAGUCCUGUCCUUACUCCAGCUAUAAAUCUCAAGGCCUUCAGAGCGCGUACCAACAGAAGUGGUGGACGAAGACGAUGAACAAAAACGGCUUGAACUUGAGCAUCGCUCCCAACAUGGACUUUGAGGCGUUGCUCGCCCAGGCCUCAGACCUUUCCACUCCUCUUUCGCCUGACCUUCUCCAUUUGUUUCUAUUUCCAUUUGCAGCUCAGAAAAUCGGUUCUAUUCCUCAGGUUCUUGAAGAGUUACGGCGAGAAGGCUCGUGGAAAACACAGACUGAGUACUUCGGAGUAUAUGGUUCGAUUCGCGAUGAUGAUGGUUCGGAAGGCGUCGAACGUCUCCAGCAGCCACAGUCCCCAGCAAAGACUCGAAAUCGUCCAUCGGUACCUCAUGUACGCCGAAGAAUCUCUUCGGGUGAGCCCCAAUAAUCUCGAUUCUGUUUUUAUAUCCCAGAUCCGACUUCGAACUGAUAGAAAAAGGAAAAAAAAUGACAAGAAGAUGAUCAUUCACGUCGGUUGAAUCGAAAAGAAAAAAGUUUUUUGAAAACUCGAAAUAAAAAAAGUUGUUUUUCGACACUUUUUUGUAUACGACUGUUACCAAUAGGCAUUGAUGCUUUGACAAAAGUGCUUUUCUAAAAUUAUCAUUUUUGACCUGGAUGCAUUUUCUUCUAAAAAAGACUUACUCAUUGUAACCUCGAGCUUUUUAGAUCGGAAAAGCGGAAGAAUGCGAAACCGCCUUUGCACACCUCUCUGGAACAUUUUACCUGCUCUGUCCGUAUAAUUAUGAAGUUCAAUUCUUUUCCCAAAAUUGAAGUUCAAGCUGGUCGUUCAGGUUAUUGAUUUUCUCAUUAGCAAAAUGGAGCAUUACCCUGACCAGGAAGAGUUUUGUCGGAACUGCCGCAGUGUGAGGAACUGUAUAAUGAUUCCCUGUGAGAACUUUCUUUGCAGCUCCUGAGGUGUCUCUGGCAGUACAAACGGACGAAUCACAUUAGCCGAGACGAGUACGUCUGGUACACGGAGCGUUUGCAGAAGAUUGCCCAAGAAGAAAAGGUUUUCGAAUACGUUCCCAAGUCUCUGAAAUUCGACUCAAAAGUAUUGCUUUGAGAAAAGUCGAUACUCUUUGGCUUAUGUUCUGAAUAUUCUCAAAUGGAGCUUAUUUCAGGAAAAAGCUUAAAAUUUUAUGAAAGUUUGUUCAAAGAUUUCUAGAUUAAAAUUUCUCGCACCUGCACAAACUUCACGUUUUUUUCAAGGCAUGAUAUUUGAAAUGAUGCGUUCAAAAAUUGACGAUUUUCGAAACCCAUGUUUAGCGAUUUCGAAAACUCGUAUCUCAAAAAAUGAAAGUUUUCGCAGGGAAGUUUCUCUAAACUUCUAGGGAGUUUGAAGCAAAUAUUUCGAAAGCUCGAAGCUUGAUGACCUCCCUUGUCAAGCUCUGAAAACUGAGCCUAAAACUAUAGCUGCGGAACUGUAUUCUAUUAGCAUCUGUUGUUUAUAUUCUCAGAAUCCUUUCUCUACGGAAAUCUUCAGGAAAUUCCGACGGUGAAGACGUUGACCGACCCUCUGGGCUCUGUGAUGAAGAGACGGUACGAAGAGGAGGCCGAAACGAAAGAAGAGACUAUGCCUUCCGACGAGGCUCCGGCUCCGUUGGUCUUCAAAAAGGACGAGUUUGUCAUUCCCGAGCUGCCGCCCUUGGUUCGUGAGCCUUUCUCCGGACCUCAUCCAGGUCCCUUUCAGUCGUUCCAACGCAUUCCCUUCCACGUGUUCCUCUACCGCAAGAAGGUCGACGUCGAAACGAUCAUCCUCCCGAUAAUCACGUCGGAGCUCUCCAUCUACAACGUCAUCGUUCGUGAAAAGAAAGCAAUUCUCGGAAGAAAAAGUCUGCUUGAAGAUUUGGCAACACGUCGUCCGGCAGAUCUCUUGGCUCUCGCAACUCAUUUCUCGCAGUCAUCUUCUCUCCACCGCUAUUUAUACCCACGCGACAGUCACAGCUGCCAAGGUUUGUAACAUAGAUCAAACCAAGUUAAAAUGCAAAAAUAAGAUCUGAAAAUGUUGGAAAAAAACACGGAACAAUGAAUAAAAUGGAACCCGAAAGCUAAAAUUUUUUUCAGAUUAGAAGAAACUUGACUGAAAUUUUCCUCUCUUUUCUUUUGCUUGCCGAUUCAAGUCUGCACGAUUUUGUUUUAUUAUAUUUUUCAUCUCGCGAGAAAAAAAAAACGCGGAUCUUAUACAUUAUAGAAAAGUUUGAAGAAAGGAUAGUUUCAUGAUCUUCAAAAAAAAAAAGAAAUUACUUCGAGGCCACAUUUUUAAGGGUUCUUUUAAUUCAGUGGUUGUGAUUUCAAUGGAGAGGAACAUGUAAAAUGGAUUCUUUAUGUGUUGGAGUCUCAACAGCGAAAGAAAUAUGAAAUCAAGGUUGGAGUAGUUGAGAGAGGAUAUAGAUUCAGUGAUGCAAACGAUACGAAGAGUCUCUUUCAGGAGAGAACCCUGCGCGAAGAUGAGAAGGUCGCCAUCGGAACCUUGCUGUCUUCAGGAAAGAACCGAAACAUCGUCGUCCCUACCAUUUCCCUUCUUUUCCGCAAAAUCCCACUCAGUUUGCCUUUUUCGAAAUUUUCCUUGAUCUCAUAUUCUUCAGGUGAUGCCAAGGUUCAACUGCUGAGGAUGGGCGCCGAUUUGGCCGAGAAUUGGAUCGAAAACGGCAAUCCCGAAAAUCCUCUCAGUGAAACUGAGCGCGUCUCCCUCGCAGACCAGUGCACUCGGCUCCGAGAUGGAAUCGCCAAGUUCUUCACGAUGCUCGCUCUUAAAAAGGUUUCUUAGGUUAUCGAAGAGAAUCAGAAGCCUUUGAAUAAUAUUAUUUGAAGGUCAGGUCAGAGCUAUAUACUUUUUGAUAUUAGACUUUAAUUUUUGCAAAGUAUCUUCACGAUUUUUUUCCUAUCGAGUUUUAUUGAACUUUAGAGCCAAAUUUACAACGAGAAGACGUCAGACAGACUCGACAACCCCGAAGAUCUUUGUACGGUGAUCUACGAGGAGAUGGUUGACUGGGAGAACUCGGCCGACGUCGGUCUGUUCUUCGAAUCCCGACUCCGGCGUCAGCAAGGGAGAUUCAGAUGCGAAGACGCGUCUUGUCGAGUCGAUCGCCGAUGAGAGCGGCGUCAACCUGCAAAUUCUGCACGAAAGACUUCUGAUGCAGUGGGUCGAGUCCGCCGAACUCUCGUCCCACGAGUCUCAGAUCCACGUCGACCUCAACGAUGUAGGACCUGGUCUUCAUUCGUAAAGGAACACAGAAAGAAAAAAAUAUGCGAUCCAAGGGGUCAGAGAAAAAAGUUGAUCUUAUAAAAAAGAAUAAAAAAUCAGUAUUUUGAUCAAAGAAACACGUUAAUGUUUGAGAACCAAAUUUCAUUGAACCUGCCUGAAACUGUAAAUCUUGUGAAGAAAAAUUAAUAAGUUAGUAGUUCUAAAAAACAUGAUUCACUGAAACAAGUUGGAUAAUGUGCUAAACACUUUUUGUUUUACUUCUCACAAAGAACUCAUAGACGAUGGGCGAGGCUUUGCCGGCGGCGAAUUCUCAGACCGACGUCGAACUCGUCCAUCUGCCGCUUUUCGACAAACACAUCACUCGGAUCGUCUCGAUUUCGAGGAAUAUGGAGAAAGCUCGACUCAUCAAGCAACUCAUGCCGUUCCUCGUCAGGGUACAAUCAUUCUGCAGAUGAUCAUCACGAACUGAAACUUUUUGAGGGCGGCGCAAACGUCAGCGGUGGAUAUGCGGCCGUUGUACGGGCGUGCUGCGUUCUGCUACGUGUUUGUAGCGAAGAAGAUCUGGCCAUCGCCAAUGGAAACCACGAGAAUAUUUGGUUGGUUUGAAUAUAGCUUUUUUUUUAUCCCAAUUUUUUUCUCAGCGCAAUAAUUGAGCAACAACAGUAUCUGUCGAUGCUCGUCAGUUCCAACGUCGACAUGUCCAUUGAGACUUUCGUCAAGAUGGAGAAACUGAACGUUUUGAAAAGCUUGCUGCAGGCUCCGGCGAGAAAUCCACUGGUCGGCAUCUUGCCACGAUUAUAUCUCUGUGUUUACUGUAGGUGUCUUCGGUGAUCGCGGCUCUGAUUGUCGACCACGAGUACAAGGACUCCAAGAACAUCGAGCAAGUGAUGGCUCGUCUGCAGGCUUGCAAGCAGUGGCGCAUUCUGAAGGUGUUGCUCGAGUACACCAAGUUAGUUUCUUCAUUUCUAAACGAUACGUUUCAUACUGAAAGCGUCCAUCGUAGUUGAGGUGAUGGAAGUAAUCUUGCCGAUUUCAAAGGAAUCGAAAAAUCAAAAAGUGUUUUUUAAAAACCCUGAGUGCUGGUUACUUGAGGAGGCAAUCGCUCUACAAAUCGGUGAGGUCCUUCUCUUUGCUGUGGUUCCGGGUGUAUGAACGGAUCAUCACGGAUCUGGAAUCUGUCAAGACCGACGCUUCUGAAAUCGGCGUGCAAAUGCGCAAAAUGACCUUCUGGUUGAUGGGAUGCUGCACGGAGGGCGGUCGUCAGGCGCCGGUACCGGCUCUCUUUGAAGAAAAAUAUUGGAAAUAUUGAAAUUCAGAUCGGAAGGUACUUGAGAAGCCGCGGAUGUCCCGUUUCUGCUUCAGUCGUCUCGAUCCUCUCCUCUUACACUAUCCCUGUUAGCUUCUUGCGUCAUUUUCCUGUAAACCUUCCCAUUUGCAGGAAAUGGACGCUCUGGAUCUGGACAAGUCCGACGAACAAUCCGACCUUUCUUUCCUCUGGUCGAAAACGCUGAAGAACGGUUAUCAGAGCGAAGUUUCUAUGGAAGCUUAA